GUAGUGGUAGGGUAGGAUUGUGAUUUGUGAUUGUCGAUGUCGAAUGUCCCCUGUUCUUUCUUAUUGCAGUGGCGUUGGUCACGUAUAUAUUUGCAUAAAUCAUCUCGGAAUAAAACCAGCAUCAUUAAUAAUUAGAAAGUAAUAUUGUUUAUAAGAUAAAAGUCAGCCGCCGGAAUAUUGAGGAUUUCACUUUGACAUGUGGCAGUGAAGAUCAUAAUCAGUGGUAACAAUGUUUAGAAGCAAGAUAAGGAUACACACAUGCCGGAUAAUAUUACUGACAUCAUUGGCAUGGCUUCUGAUCGAUGUGGUGCUGCUGGCAAUGUAUUCGGAUUGUUUCGGCGAUGGUUGCAAUAAAAGACCAGCAUUAGAUCAGGAGACUUGGCAUAAUGAAGCUGUCAGAGGGAAAAAAGCUGCUAUAGCAGCAGCCCAUCAUAAUAUAGAUGAUGAUGACACUAACAUUGAGGAGAAUGAGAUUCAUGACAUAGGGGAGGAAGGUCUAAUAUUGCCCCCAUAUCCAAAGUCUAGGCUGAAGCGAUGGUCACCUAUGCCCACAGUCCGGCCACAAGGGGAGCUACCUGGAGAGAUGGGCAAAGCUGUGAAUAUCCCAAUAGAGCAAGAAAAGCUGAUGCUGGACAAAUUCCAAGAAAACCAGUUCAAUUUGAUGGCCAGCGACAUGAUAUCACUCAACAGGUCACUCACCGACGUCAGAUUUGAAAAGUGCAAAGACAAGCCGUACCCAGAACUCCUGCCCACCACUAGCGUGGUAAUAGUGUUCCACAACGAGGCGUGGACGACCCUCAUCAGGACCAUAUGGAGCACCAUCAACCGGUCGCCGAGGCCGCUACUUAAGGAGAUCAUACUAGUAGAUGACGCGAGUGAAAAAGAGCACUUGGGCAAGAAGCUAGAGGACUACAUAAAGACGCUGCCAGUGUCAACGCGAUUGUUCCGAACUGAGAACCGUUCGGGUCUCAUUCGCGCUCGCUUGCUCGGCGCCAAACAUGUCAAGGGUGACGUCAUCACGUUCCUGGACGCGCAUUGCGAGUGCACUGAGGGCUGGUUGGAGCCACUGCUGGCGCGAAUCGUGGAAGACAGGUCGACGGUGGUAUGUCCCAUCAUAGACGUGAUCUCAGACACCACUUUCGAGUACAUACAGGCUUCUGACAUGACGUGGGGCGGUUUCAACUGGAAGCUCAACUUUAGAUGGUAUCGUGUGCCCGAACGCGAGAUGGCGCGGCGCGGCGGGGACAGGACGGCGCCGCUGCGGACGCCGACCAUGGCGGGCGGGCUGUUUGCGAUUGACCGCGAAUACUUCUACAAGAUCGGCUCCUACGACCAGGGCAUGGACAUCUGGGGGGGAGAGAACCUCGAGAUGAGCUUUAGGGUGUGGAUGUGCGGGGGCACGCUGGAGAUCGCGCCGUGCGCGCACGUGGGCCACGUGUUCCGCAAGACCACGCCCUACUCCUUCCCGGGCGGCACGGGCCGCGUCGUCAACCACAACAACGCGCGCCUCGCUGAAGUGUGGCUUGACGACUGGAAGAAUUUCUACUACAAAAUUAACCCAGGUGCGCUAAACGUGCCGGUGGGCGAUGUGAGCGAGCGCAAGCAGCUGCGCGAGCGUCUCAAGUGCAAGAACUUCCGGUGGUACCUCGAGAACAUUUACCCCGAGAGCCAGAUGCCGCUGGAUUACUAUUAUCUCGGAGAGAUUCGCAACGCUGAAACUUCAAAUUGCCUGGACACGCUCGGCGGCAAAGCCGGCCAGGCUCUGGGUAUGGGGUACUGCCACGGCAUGGGCGGAAACCAGGUGUUUGCUUACACGAAACGCAAGCAAAUAAUGUCUGACGACAACUGCUUGGAUGCUGCGCACCCGCGGGGCCCCAUCAAGUUGAUCCGGUGCCACGGCAUGCGCGGCAACCAAGAGUGGACCUAUGAUUCUAAGACACGUGUAAUCAAACACACGAACACGGGCAUGUGCCUGGAGAAGCCGGAGUCUGCGGACGUGUGGAAGCCCGUGCUGCGGCCGUGCAGCCGCGCGCGCGGCCAGCAGUGGCUCAUGCAGGUCGACUUCAAGUGGCAGGCCAAGCGCGCCCACGACCAGGACAGAUAGUCCACUGCGCCCGCGUCUACGCACGCUGCUAAGGAUCUACAACGAUAGACCAUAAAAGUCUUCCCCUCUCAUUAGAUAUCAAAAUUCCUCGUUUUUAUGUAUAUCUGAUGUUUUAUAUCUAUAAAAUUUUAUUAGUAUAUCUACGCGCGAGAUCCUGUGAAUCGUUGACAAUACAUAAAAUAUGCAGUUAUAUGUUGUAUUCAUCGUAAAUGUUGCUCAAAAUAGUAUUGCGUUGGGUAGUGAUGUCGCUGUAUUAUAUUCUCUAGAGUUACGAAGUUUAUGAUUUUUUAAAAUAAAAUUUUAUUUUUGUUUGGGAAAGAUAGAGAAAUUAGUGAUUGAGAUUUUUUUAUGUUGUGAUUGUAUUUACGCGUAGAGAGCUACUUUUUUGGGUGCCCUAUUAUAAAACAUUUUUAUAGUCUCAAUAGUAGUCUUCGGUAGUUUACACAGAUAUAUAGAUCAUAGAAUUAUAGAAAAGUUUUUUAAUCUUUUAAUGGAUACUCAAUAUAGUUGUAAAUCAUGAUAUUGUUCGCACCUUCGAACCGCAGCGAGCCGCGACGCUGAAUUUGCAUUUCUUUUUAAGACGGCAAAAUUAUAUUUUUGAAUUUAUUUAUUUAAAACUGCAAGUUGACAUCAGCGGAGUCGCGGGACGGGUUGAUCACAGAUGGUCCCAGAUGCAUUACGGUGAAGAGUCACGGUGCUAAACUUUGCCAUUAGGCGUACUGUGUUCAACCAUCCGGUCAUCCUGUUUACUGUACAACAAUAUAUUUUCAAUACUGUAUAGUGUAUCUGAUAAUAAGUUGUAACUUGCAGUUAUGGAAAUAGAGAAUUUUAUUUUUGUUACGUAAGAUUCCUCGUUUGGUUGGUUGGUUAGCGGCAGGAAUGCCACGGUUUGCCAAACUGCCUUAUAUUUGCCACUUUGUUGUUAGGACUAAUUUCUCGGCGUGCUGCGUGGUGGCAGCUAAAGUUUAUAUUGUUUUUUUUAAAAUACACUAUUGUGAAGUCCAUUUUUAUUUAGUCAAAAUUUAUUAAUUUGACAGCACGCCCAGAAAGCCGUCCUUAGUUUGUAUCUAGCUGGUAAAUAGUUAAGAACUUCCUAUAUGUUAAACAAUUUAAAAGACUACUUCCUAUAUCCUCUAUUUUCACAUUUACUCUACUAUUUGCGCAUGGGAGAUUAUAUACUGACAUUAUUUAUACUUUUAGAGAUAUAAGCAGGGUUGAUUACGUAUCCACGUUUGGUUGUUGCAUUUAUUGCACAGAGUGUUUAUAUAUUUAGCAAUGUGUGAAUCUGAGCAAGGUCUUUAGUAUGCUGUAGUUACUCUUGUUCAAUACUUUCUGACUUAAAUGUAAAGAAAAUCCUGUCACAAGCUCCAGUCACUGGAUUUCUAUAAUCUGUUAGAUUUUUAAUACUGUAUAAUCUGUUGCCUUAAUAAUUUUGAAUUUGUAUGUCGCAACACGUUUCGUGGUUAGAGAAUUGUAAUCUAUUGCUAAUUUUAGAUGAAAGUAUCUUGAUGGAAUUGCCUUCAUUUAGUUUUACACUUAGUAUUUCUUAUGAAAUUUUAUUUGCAUAUUUGUUAUUUAUCUUUGGGCCCCAUAAACAACGAAAUGUAUUGAAAAAAAAUUAGUAUUGUUUGAUAUAUAUACUUAUAUUAUAAUCAGGCGCUCGAUGAGAUUCUAAACGAGGGCCAGGUUUAGUCCUCUCGAUGCCGAAUUAUGUAUGUAAAAAAUGCAUUUUUAAAGUUAAUGAUUUUUAUUGCUUUUGAAAUAUUUAUUUUUGAGAAAUUCAACAAUAAAAUUGAUCAUAUCACUAAGUAUAUGAUGUAAUAAAGGAACUAGAUGUAGUAUAACAAUGGGAGAUAUAAUUAAUUUAUGAAAUUCAUCACAGUUUGUGUGUUAUACACUCUUGUUCGAUGGAGAUUAUCAAGGUUUGUUUGCCUGCGCAGGCGAUGGGUUUCUUUGUCACAUACUUGAUGUUUUUUCUUUAUCAUGGCCGAGGGUUGUGACCAUUAUGUGUAACAUAAUAGACAUUUAUGAAGUGGUUUGCAUUAUUUUCUCCAUUCAACGCACUAGAUUAUAAAUUAUCAAUGUGAGUGCAGGUUUCCUCAAGAUUAUUUCUUCACUGGAAGCAAGUAGUCGUUUAUUAAUUGUUACUACUUAAUUAAUACACGAGUCAGAUUUUUUUGCAAACUCUGUGACACGAGUAGGAUUUGAACCUGGGACCUGUCGGUUUACAGGCUUCGAGCAUUGGACCACCGCUUCAUGCAUUUCUCCACGUAGACGAUUAAAAACGAAUUAUCUAGUUUAGUUAUUCCUGUUAACAGACAAAGCCAUUUCCUGCGUAGGAUUUCAUGCUAUAUUAUGCGCUGCAAGAGCCUACAUUUUUCUGUUUACGGUCUUGCACGAACGGGUGUCGCCCGUUGGCCUCUGUAAAGUGAUAGUCGUAUGAAAGUGUAGUUAUUGUAAAUAAUUUGUUACGUGAUGAUUCGUCCAAUUGGUGAAUAUAAAAUAGCAUAUCUAGAAAUCAUUUACUUGAUAUAUAAUUACAAUAAUUCGACUAGUUUUCUAUUGAUAUACUGUUCCCUCCUAUUUGCAUUGCAAAAGCAUUUACGACCUCUGAAUCUCAAAUCGUAUUUGUUGGACGCAGUCAAGAGUGCCAAAAGCGUUUAUUUAUCGUAAAACAUUCACCAUUCCAAUAACAAACAAACCUGAUGUAACUUGAAAUAAAUAUUGUUUUGACUGAAUUUUA